AUCAAGACCACGUCCAAACGGAACAUUGUCAAAACCGGCCAAGUUUUAGGGUCCCGAUUUUUUUUUCACAAAUAGUAAAACGUGACCCUCUAAACGCCGGAUCCUGACUAAAUCGGAUUUAAAUACAUUUAGUUAACCGUUGUGAUCCGGGUUUUAACAGGUUUUACUGUAUAUACGUUGUACAACAGAGCGGGGUAUUUUACCAGACGCAGUUAGAACGUCUGAAAACUUGAAGAAGACCACCAGAUAAAAAUGAAUGGUCCGAGUUUGAUUUUCUUCAGUUUGUUGUGUCUGUACCUGUAUACACCUGAAUCAGAGUCGAUAUGGUGCUACCAGUGCGGCAGUGUGAAGGACAACCAAGAGUGUCAGACGGACUUGAAUAAACUCAAAAGUCAUGGUUCCAAUAGAGAGGGCAAAUACGCCAAGGACUGCUCCCGCCAGUUUCUCAAUCAAAACAACUCUGUACAGUAUUACUGUCUCAUUGAAACACAUAGACACACAGGAGGAGAGCUGCUCAGUUUUCGCCGAGAUUGUAGUGACGGUGUGCAUUUCUCCUACAACAUCAAAAACAACUCUCAAAGAAUCCGCCAUCUUGAAAACCUCCGGCCAAACAACCAAUCGGCUUGCGCCACGUUUGAAGGAGAACAGAUCUGUCUUCGACUGUGUGACACGGACUUUUGUAACGGGCCAAACUUUACCUGCAAAGUUAUUAUCUAUGACGACGGGAGGGAAAAUGUAACGUGCGGUUCGAUUGGUCAGCUUUAUGCCAGAUACCCGACAGUUUUCGGGACAGUCAUAGACGGAAUUGUGGGAAAUCUCCUUACAGCGCCAUUUGUUAUGUGCUUGUUACUUGUGUUACUUUUACACUGACAUUUCAACGCCGAGAAAGACAAGAGUAUGCAACUGUUAAAAUGAUGUCUGCAAACAUCAGUUGUGGUAUGCUGUGUUACCAUACUGAUUUCUCGGACAUUAUAAGAAAAGUAAGGCGCGGAUCCGAGGUGAGGGGGUGCUGUGAGUGUGCAGUCCCUCCCAGAACUAAAAGUCACUACUAACAGAGCCUAUUAAACUAAAAUAACACGCACACACACACACACACACGCACGCACGCACACACACACGCAUAUACACACACACACACAAGAAAACGUGUUUUUUAAAGUUUCCAAUCGUUCUGAUCGGUUCUCUUUUGAUAUGCACUGCCGACCACAUCCUUUAUACUUACCCGAAGCCACUCUUCGCAAGAAUCUUUUAUUGCUCUUAAGUAUGGUAGCUGAUUUGUGCCAUGAUGCUUUGUAAAUUAAUUGCUUAAUAAACGUUGGACACUCAAAAGAUGUGAUAAAUAAUUUAAUGAAUGGCGAUUUAACUUAAAAUGUCCUUUCGAUUCCACUUGGCAUUUCGUUUUUUUGACUUGCCAUUCGGACGAGUCAUGACAAAACUUGUAUAGCUCACAACCAAAGCUUUUCAUAACAAAACCAUUCAGUGUUUUACCAAAAUAUGUAGCUUUUGCUUGCUGUGCUUAUUUAUAAAAAUGCUUGUAAAUAAUUUAAAGCAAAUUUCAAAAUGGUAGCAGUAUACAGUUCGCUUGUGUUUUAGCAUAGAUCCAUGUUUGAAGGCUAAUUAUUUGUAAUAUGGAGUGCAUUUUUAAGAUAAGUGAUAGCCAAAGGGUUAUUUUUAAAAAUUACAUUUGGUUUUUCAUCUGUAGUGCCAACUGUUUGGCUGUAAUGAGGCUUGGUAUUCAUGCACCGGGUUUCAUUUCUGACAAAAGUGGGACAUGACCAGUUUGGGUAAUUUUCAAACAAACUGAUUUUGUGAAAAAUUGAGUAAAAUAGCUAAACCUGUAUUCAAAUGAGGAUGUUUGUAAAGUUUUAUGAGCAAAGUUUCCAUAAAUAUAUACGUCAUAUCCGCCAACUCCUGAUUGUGUGUGAUUUCUAUUGGUGUGAACAUUGUCACAAACAAACCCAAAAUCAUGCAGUUUGGGGACACAUUUUGGAAUGUAACACAACAAUUUAACAAAACAUAUUUAAAUUUAGUCCUUUUUAUAACUGUGACCCUAUCAGUAAUUUCCUUGAGACUGAAAAUACCUGUAUCGCUCUUGAUUUGACAAUGGUGAAUUGUUUAAAGGGACAUUUCUGAGUUUGUUGUAUUGUAAGAUGUUUUCGACUAAUACAAUAUUUCUACGAUUAAACUUGCAUAUUAAAUAUAUUUUCUUGUUUAGAAUAUCAGUGUCUGUAUAUUCA